CUUGACUCGAGGUCGCCGCAGCGAGACCUCGCUCGAGUGGGAGUUGGGAGUACCCAGCCAGUGCACGAGGCAGCGCGCUGCAUGAGAGCUGCACGAUACACCGACCUAGGGCAGAUGCCGCUGCGACGCAAGCGGCAAUGGCUGCCGCAAGCGUGAGCUUCGGGGGCUUGCCUAGCUUGCAGAGGGUCACUGCACCCCGAUCACAGGUGGAUGCUGCCCGGAAUCUCCGAGAGCUACACUCUCGUGUGUCUUACAGCUCACAAAUCCCGCGCGGCCCUCUCACACCUCCGACCCUCGUUCUGGCGCUAGGGUCCAAGCCAUCCCAUUUUCAGCAUACAGGAGGUUUUCUGAAAAGUUCAAAGGCAGGAGGGUUUGGGCCUCGCGCGAUCUUGAGCCCAGACCUUGGGGAUCCUGCCACAUGGUCAAGUUCUGAGCUAGGGGAUUACCUGGUUCAAAAGACAGGGGUUUUGUCUCUGAAGGAGAAGGUCGAGAAUGCGGGCUUGGCUGGCAAUAACAUGUAUCAGCUACGCGUCAGUGAUUUGAAAUCCUGGGGCCUGGACACCACCACGCAAGCUCGGGUCUACAGCUAUGUGGAAGACCUUGUGCGAAGGCUCCCAGUCUCCUCAUUCCACGAAGUGCACAGUGGGAUGAGUACCGAAGAGUUUGGUGCCAUAGUUGACCGCGCCAGUGUCGCCUACUCCCCCCUCAAAAUUCUAGAUCCUCAGGAAUUCCUCCGAAUGCGGCCAGCUGAUUGGGCGCGCUUUUUGAAUAGUGACCUCCUGCGAUCGAAAGUGGAGCAAGCAAUCAAUCUGCCAAAAAGAAUCAUGAUUGUGAGACCCGGCAACGUCGCGGAAAUGGUCAAAGUCUUUGGCCAGGCGGGCCUUGACAAGCUGAUCGACGGAGGGCAAUACCUAAUCGACCUGGACGAGUCGGUCGAGGAGGCAAGGAAGUAUGUGGUCCACUUUUGGGACCUGCAGGACGGACAUAGGUACACGGGGGAUGAGGGCAUUGCACGCUACGAGGUGCUCCGGCGGGAUGUGGAAACACUUAGCCAGGUGGACAGUGACCGCAGCAUGACGCAGGCCCUCCUCAGACUGAACAGGGCUACUGGCGGGUCUUUCUUGGAGCGUGAUUUGCUAUUGGACAGCACGAUGCGCGGGCGAAGGGGGCGCGUCGACAGGAGUGGGCCCGUCGUGGCAGCGGAAGGGCGGCCCAUGCCAGUCGCCCACCGCAUGCAUCUCCGCCCCUGGACAGAUGGCAAGAGGAAGUACCCUGAGCAGGAGGUUGACGCAAUUACACCUGUUGGUUUCCCGGGGGGCUUGAGGGCGGUGAUUGCGGCGGAGGCUAAACAGUAUGCGACCCUGGAGGAUGUCAUCAAUCACGUGGCAAGGACCUACAUGCUGCAAGAUCGACUUCGAGCUCAAGAUCCGCUGCUGACAACCCCCACAUCGAGGGUGUUAGACAAGGGUCCGUACAGAGACUUUUCUAUUGACAUCUCCAAGUACGCGGAUGCGCGCUUCAUCCCCCUGCUCUUCGCUGGCUCGUUUGACCCGGAGGUUCAAACGGCGGCCUCUGACAAUGACGUCAUUCUUAUGACCUGGGGCGGCGGCGCCGUGGACCUGAUCGUACCCCCAAGGCUCGACUUCAGCGGAGAGGCACCCGACACGUGGAACGGAGAUGAAGAGGGUGCCGAGCCGAACUUCCUCACGGAGAUCCGCGGUGCAACAGGCGAAACCCCGGACGUCGAGGAGGAAGAUUGAACGUACAUGGACAACGAUAUGGGCAGCGGUCUUUUUGUCUUCGCAGCAGACGUAUUGAUCUACAUUCUUCCUUCUAGGGGCAAUUCGACUUAGUAUCCAGAAAAUCAAGCUAGUAUGGCCAGUUGCCUCUCCAACAAACGAUUUUGAUCACAAUCUGAAGCGGUCCGCAGGAAGAAACUUGUUGGAUGUACAACAGCGCUACUUUACCGAGAGCUCAUUGGUAACACUAUCGAGGCAAUAAACAUUCAAACUGGCGUCAAAUGAGGACAGGGUCGUCGACGUCGGAAGGUGCCUCUGCACAAGGAAGCUAGACUCAGCGGAACGGAGUUUGCUUGAUGGUUAGGUCGCAUGAGGUCAUUGAGGAAAGAGAGCAGAUAAUCAAGUCGAUACUGCAAAGAAUGAAAUGGUUACUUGGUCGAUUCUGAGACAACAUGGUGCAGUUGUAGCAAGGGUGCUUCUUUUUGGCCGAUUCUGAGACUUGGUACAAUUCUGAAGUUAAUUGUAUGUUGAUAUUCUCGGAGGCCCUUGGUCAGACUGAUGGUCUGGUCUCAAUGGACAAUUUGCAUGCUGUCUUCUAUUACAC